AUGGUUGCAAAGGAUUACAAUAAAACCAAAGGGUCGGGAAAAGCUGAAGUGGGGGAGAUCGACACCAGUGCACCAUUUCAAUCUGUCAAAGAUGCUGUUAGCUUAUUUGGUGAAGGUGCCUUUUCCGGCGAAAAGCCUUCCAUCAAGAAGCCAAAACCGUAUUCUGCUGAAAGGGUGCUGGCAAAAGAGACUCAACUUCAUUUGGCCCAGAAAGAACUGAAUAAGCUUAAGGAACAGCUGAAAAAUGCCGAGACCACUAAAACCCAGGCACUCCUUGAGCUCGAUCGUUCCAAAUGGGCGGUUGAGGACCUAACUCAGAAGCUAAAAUCCAUAAACAAGUCAAAAGAUUUGGCAAUUGCAGCAACCGAAGCUACCAACCACAAGGCAAAGCAAUUUUCCGAAUCCGAAAUCUCAAGUAUCAGAGAGGCUUAUAAAUCCCCGAAUACAGAUCUGAAGAAUGCACGGGCCGAGUACAUGGCUGCAGUCUCUGAACUCAACUCAGCCAAACAGGACCUAAGAAAAAUCUGCCAGGAGUACGAAGCCUCCUCUGAAAUGAAAAGCAAGGCAAUCAAACAAGCUGAAGAAGCCGAGGAUUCAGCUAAAGCGAACACAGAGCGAGUUAGUGAGCUAUCAAGGGAAAUAGCUAGCGUGCACGCCUCUAUUCAGCAAGCAAAUUUCGAAUGUGCACUGGCCAAGGAAGACGAAAAAUUAACUUGCGCUGAGAAGGAUAAACAGAAACAGUCGUACAAAACCAAACUCGAAGACUUAGAGAAAAAGUUGGUUUCUUUGAAGAAAGAACUCGAUCCCAAGCUCGCUGCAAAUAUGGAGGCCCAUCUGGCCGAAACGCUGUCUGAAAUUGAAGUUUUACGAAAUGACAUGGACAAGGAAAAGGGUAAAGAUAGUGAUGCCUUGAAAACCAUCACUCUUGAGCUGGAUGGUGCUAAAGAGUCGUUAAAUAAAGUGGCUGAGGAGGAACAUUCACUUAGGCGAUUGGUCGAGACCGUAAAGGCCGAACUGGAUGAGAUAAAAAAGGAGCACGUGGGAUUGAAGGAGAAAGAAGUAGAAACCGAAUCGCUCGCAGGUAAUCUCCACGUGAAGCUGAGAAAAGCCAAAUCUGAGCUAGAGGAAGCAAUUGCCGAGGAGGCUCGGGCCCGAGGCGCAUCGGACGAGAUGGUCACCACCAUCCGCCAGCUGGCGUCCGAGAGCCGGGAUUCAAGGCUGGAGGCUGAGGAGAUGAGGAAGCGGGCUCACGGGCUCAAGGCAGAAGCUGAGGCCACAAGGGCUGAGCUGGAAGAAGCCGAGAGGAAGCUCCGGGCCGCCGAGGCUGAAGCCGAGGAAGCCAAAGCGGCCGAGGCCCGGGCUCUCGACCUGAUCAGGGAGCUGUCUGAGAAAGCCGAUUUGAGGCGGGCUUCGACCUCUUCGGAGGGUGGGGGCCGGAUCACGAUAUCGAGAGAGGAGUUCGAGUCCCUGAGCCGGAAGGCCGAGGAAUCGGGAAAGUUGGCGGACAUCAAAGUGGAAGCCGCUAUGGCUCAGGUGGAAGCUGUGAAGGCCAGCGAAAAUGAAGCCCUCAAGAAACUAGAGUCUUCUCUUAAAGAAAUAGAGGACAUGAAAAGUGCAGCUCAGGAGGCCCUGAAGAAAGCCGAGAUGGCCGAUGCGGCUAGAAAGGCGGUCGAGGGCGAACUCAGGAGAUGGCGCGAACGAGAGCAGAAGAAGGCAGUUGAGACUGCUUCAAGGAUUCUCGAGGAGAAGGAGAAGGAGAAGCUGGUUGAGAUGUCCCCUCGCGAUUACCGUCCAAUUCAAGAAAAGCCAAGAGCUGUGGAGGCACCACAGGUGCACCGUAAGCUGGAGAAGUCGAAAACAUCGGUGACCAAGAAAGUAUUGAUGCCUAGCCUGAGCAGCGUGUUUCACAGGAAGAAGAAUAAAGUGGAGGGGGGGUCUCCUUCUUACUUACCAGGCGAGAAGCGUGUAUGGUGA